GGCAUCUUCUGAAGAUGGGCACCUUGAAAUUUUUUGUACCCGAAAAAGUAGGGAAGUGUCGCGACUAUAUAUACCAAUAUGACCACUUUUCUGAUCAGUGUAUCUCAAUUCGUGAACCGUAUCAAGAUGAAACUUUUGGUAGCCGCUGCUUUCCUCGCUGUAGCCUCUGCUCUGCCAGCAGGCCCUGUUCAAUACAAACAGGAUGAACCUAUUCCAAUCCUAAGGCUCGACAAUGAAGGAGUACAAGCCGAUGGUUCCUACAAAUUUGGAUUCGAAACCGCAAAUGGAAUUGCCCAAGAAGAAGUUGGUCACUUGAAACAAGUCGGUCAAGACGUAGUCAACGAAGUCCAAGGCCAAGUUAGGUACACCCUGCCCGAUGGAACUCCCAUCAACUUGAGCUACAUCGCCAACGAAGAUGGAUUCCAGGUUCAAGGCGACCAUCUCCCCACCGCUCCACCAAUCCCAGAAGCCAUUCUGAGGUCUUUGGAAUACAAUGCUGCUCACCCAGAAGAAAACGACGAUGGAUUGAUCAAGAAACCACAAAGAUACUGAGGAUUGAAGUACCACGGAAAAGUCUCUGUAAAUAGCAAUAUUGUAAUGCUGUGAUUCUGUAAUUUUGUCGGUCUUAAAGCCGAGGAAGUUUUAUAAUAAACACAUAAUCUUGAA